CAAGGAGGUAGUGAACCGUUUAAACCACUCUAACAUUUCCAGUCAAUGGCUGGUUAGGUAAGUUCCUACUUAUUAUACCUGUGUACUUCAUAGCUAUUGAUAUCAUAUACCUUAUGAGGAAAGCACCAUUGCAGCAUGAAUGCCUUUGCACCGCAUCCACGAGCUCCGUUCGAGGGCUACUAUAGGCGCUUUCACCUACCUAGUGGCAACACUCUAGUCCCAACCCUCUGCAGCGUACGAAAGAUAAAGCACAAGACUCACCUCCUCUCUAUCACCUACAUCCAGAAUCCAGGUGUCGACCAAACCAUCUGGCAGCGCGAGUUAUCCCCUUCCCAAAUCUCCAUGACCCCGUCCACAAAUGAUUACUUCACCUUGACUGUCCCAGAGACCUGCGACAUCACCGUUGGGAAAUACCCUACCUCCCCCACUCAAAUCUCCCUCCGUACCUCCGACAUCACCCUCGAAGCCACCUCAAUAUCCCGUACCCCAUGGGGCGGACCCUUCGACACCCCCCAGGACUGGCUCACCUAUCUCCCCCUCCCCCUCCACUGGCACGUCCACAGCCUCGGCUCCCCCGUCUCCUUCCAGCUCCAGCUUCCCGGCAUCGCCGAUGCAGACAGGCAAGGUCACGCAAUCCUACACCAGGAGAAGAACUGGGGUGUCACGUUUCCCCAGCGGCACGCGUUCCUGCUGGGAUACUCCGGGGAGAGGGAGCAGGUGAGCUUUCGGCCGACGUUGGCGAUGCGGGUCGGUGGGGUGAGUCCGACGAUGGCGGCGACGGUGAGCUGGGAGACGAGGGCAGUCGAGAGGAGGGCGAGGGGGUUAUGGAGGAGGCUAGAGGUGGUCGCGACGGCGCCGGAGGGGUCGUUCGUGGGGCUGACGGCGCCGUUUGCGGAGGGACUAAAGAAGAAUUUCGUAGGGGAGAGUUUCUGCGCGAACGUCAUUGUGAAGGUGUUUCGACGGAGAUGGAUUGGGGGUGGAGGUCGGUCGAGACUCAUCGGCUGGUAUCCCCCGGCGGGUUCGGUGGAAGAGCGGAAUUGA